UGUAGCGGUUGCUCUUGCAUACCGGUCUUCAAUCGGUUUUUACGUGAACAAAUAAUGUUAUUCAAAUAGGGCGGCAUCGGCCGUCUAUUUAGAAUUGUUAAUUUCAUGUUAAUAAUUUUCGGUGCAGUAUAAAAGUGCAGUUUACUUUUUGGAAGGCAUCAUUAUCGUUGCAUAUCCCAAUCGGUCUGUCGAGUCGCAGCAACAAAGAAACAAACUUAGCCAUGUCUCGACUUACGAUUCUCUUUGUCUUCGCUGUGGCGUAUGAAGUACUUGGAGAAACUGUGACAAAAGACAAGCCCGCUGCGGACUCUAAAACCGCACAAACCGGAUACAUCUCCCCUGCAAUCUUACCUGCACCUAUCCACGGCGGAAUCGGCUAUGGACACGGUCUAGGUGGCGCUGGACUUGCUGGAGCAGGUCUCGGUGGACUGUCUCUUGCGGGAGCAGGUCUUGGUGGAGCGGGUCUCGCGGGAGCCGGACUCGUCCUAGGCCCGGGAUCGUCUGCCCCCCUUAACAACGCCGGUGCAGUGAGUGCAGCUCAACUCAGCGCCAUCCAAAACGCUCAAGCUGUCCAAGCAGCUCAGAUCGGAAACGCCGCCGCCGCCGGUAUCCAGAGCGCACGUGUGACAGAAGUGGCUGCAAGAGCCGGACAAGCCAGUGCCAUCCAGAACGCUCAGGCUUUGGACGCGACCCGUAUCGCUAACGUACAAAGAGCCCAGGCCGCCGCCCUAGAGAACGCGAGAGCCGCAGAGGCGGCGAGACGGGCCGCCGCCGCCAGCGCCUGGGAGCUGUCCCGUGCUAUUGAAGCCGAACGCGUCGCUAACGCAGCCCGAGUCCAAGCCGUGGCAAUAGCUAACACCCGUGCCUUGGAAGCAGCUCGCAUCGCCAACGCAGCCAGAGCUCAAGCCGCAGCCGUCGUGAGCACUGCCAACCAAGCGCAAGCUGUUGCUGACAACGUCGCGAGACAAGACGGCCUCUUGCUCGGCGGCGGUGGACUAGGAGCCGGUUACGCCGCCGGCCUCGGCGGUGCCGCAGUCGUGGCCCCAGUGGCGGUGGCGGCCCCGGCCUAUGGUGGCCUCGGGUACGGACACGGGUAUGGACACGGCUACGGACACGGCUACGGACGCUAAACGAAACUCGAGAGGACACCCGAAGUCAUACAUAGAAAUUUCUAACUCCAUUUCGCCUCCCUUUACUACAGAAAUGGUGAGCGGCAGAUUAAAAUAGGAAAUAUUGUGUAAAUAUAAUCUUUAAAAAUUGCAUCGAAUUCCGAAUAAAUAU